AUUUAAAGAAUCCCUCACCCCAAGAAUAACCAGGGAGUAACUUCCACUAAUCUACAGCAAUUCCUCGGCCACUAUGAAGUCUCCCGAGUUUAUCGACAUGGCCCAACUCACGGCCUUUGUGAGCUCCCUUUCCCAGGGGGUGAACAGCAACGCUUUGCGUCUUGGUCUUGCAGCGGCUCUUGUGCUUUUCGGGCUCUAUCUGUAUCUGGUUCCAAAUCAAAUUACCGAUUUCCGGAGGAGAAAGCUUCCGCCUGGCCCCCGCGGCUGGCCGUUCAUCGGCAAUCUCUAUGAUCUGGCCGACGGGGAACAGGUGCGUGAGAAAGUGCGGAAAUGGCACCGUCAGUAUGGCGACAUCUUCUAUACCAAGAUCGGGGCGACAGACUACAUCUGGCUUUCCUCCCCAAAGGCCGUGAAGGACUUGAUGGACAAGAAGUCGGGGGUCUACUCGUCGCGCCCUCACCUUCCCCUCGCCCAAGAUGUCGCCAGUGGAAAAUCUCGCCAGCUGUUCAUGGCAUACGGUCCAUCAUGGAGGAAUCUUCGCAAGCACAGUCACGCGCUCCUCAACCUCAACGCGUCGAAGAAGUACAUGCCGGUGCAAAACUUUGAGUCAAAGGUUGCGCUCCAAGAGCUUUUGGACCAACCCGACCAGUUCUACACCAUCAACCGCCGCUACUCGACCUCGGUCAUCAUGCUGGUUGCCUACGGGUAUCGCAUUCCGUCAUUCAAGGAUCCACUCAUCACCAAGAUUUUCAGCGUUAUGGAGAACCUUUCCGUGAUGAUGGCACCUGGAGCAUUCGCCGUGGAGACUUUUCCUGCGCUUGCAGCCCUGCCAGAGUUUUUGGUCGGGAACUGGUAUUCCUGGGGGAAGAAGGCCUUCGCUCACGACAGCAAGAUCUACCUCGAACUCUGGGAGACUCUCAAGAGGACCACCAAGGAGGGCACGGCUCGUGACUGCUUCUGUAAGGACUUUUACCUCGGCGACCCGGAGAAGAACGGCAUCGACAAUCUUCUGGCUGCGUACACGUGUGGUGGCCUGAUCGAGGCUGGCUCGGAAACGACGGCCACGACCAUCAACAACUGGAUGCUUGCCAUGACACUCUACCCAGAAGAGAUGAAGAAAGCCCAGGAGGAAGUCGAUCGCGUAGUCGGGGCCGACCGGUUGCCCGAAUGGGAUGACGAGAAGGAUCUCCCGUUCAUUCGUGCCAUGAUCAAGGAGACAUUGAGGUGGCGACCGGUGAACAAGUAUGGCAUGUAUCACUCAUCCACCGAGGACGACUGGUAUGAGGGCUACUUCAUCCCAAAGGAUUCAGUUGUGGUGCUGAACUGGUGGGCCAUUCACCGCGACCCGAGUCGCUAUCCUGAGCCAGAUGAAUUCAGGCCUUCUCGCUAUCUCGGAAAGGAUCUAUCGGCCGCUGAGUACAUCAACAUCAAUGACCCCUACGACAGAGAUCAUUUCUCUUACGGUGCAGGACGUCGAGCUUGCCCGGGUGUCCACGUUGCCGAAAAGUCGCUCUUCAUUGUCAUCUCCCGUAUCGUCUGGGGGUUCAGCAUCCGCAAGAAGCGCGCCGCCGACGGAACUGCCAUUGAGCCAAGUACAACAAUGAUGCCCGGGUUCCUCAGCGUCCCCGAGCCAUUUGAGUGCGACAUCACUUGCCGUUCUCCUGAGCGAGAGAAGCUAGUCCGAGCGGCAUUUGCAGAGGCAGAAGCAGAGGGGUUGAACUACCGGGAUUGAUUGAUGGUGUGUGGAUUUCCUUGCUGCUCUGCGAAGCUUAGAGAGCAGGAGGAGGGGCAUCAGGAGAGUCAUGUGAGACAGUAACACAGGCUUAAUUGCAAGGAAUCAACAAGCAAUG